AUGGUUGGCGCCUUGAGUUCAUGGCCACGACCACCACCAUUAUCCAACCCAAAACCCCCUUUCUUCACUUUUUCUCUGCAGCCCCACCACCGAAACCCAAACCCCACUUCCUUCCCUUCUCCACCGCCGCUUCUGAGCCACUCCUUUCCUCACACCACCAACCACUUCUCUCUUCUUACCCUCUCAACACCCACAGCUCAUCUUUGCUCAAUUACACUACCACCAAUAUUGACCUUGACGUUGAGAGCUUCUUCACUUUGCUUCGCUUGUCCGUUCAAUACGAUGACGUUCCACUUGCCAAAGCCGUACAUGCUUCAAUCGUAAAACUUCAAGAAGAAGAGUAUACUCGUCUCGGUAAUCCUCUUAUUUCAGCUUAUCUCAAACUGGGUCUUACUUUUGAUGCUUAUAAAGUGUUUAGUGCACUUUUAAAUCCCAAUGUUGUGUCUUUUACUUCUUUGGUUUCUGGUUUUGCGAAGUCGGGUCGAGAGGAGGAGGCGAUUGAGCUGUUUUUUAGGAUGAGAGAUGAAGGUAUUCAGCCUAAUGAACAUAGUUUUGUUGCUAUUUUGACUGCUUGUAUUAGACUUUUGGAGUUAAAUUUUGGUUUACAAGUUCAUGGUUUGAUAGUCAAAAUGGGUUAUUUGGAUAGUGUUUUUGUUGCUAAUGCACUUAUGGGACUUUAUGGUAAAUUUAGUGGAUUGAUGGAGUGUGUACUUAAAGUGUUUGAUGAAAUGUCUCAACGAGACAUUGCGUCGUGGAAUACUGCGAUUUCUAGUCUGCUUAAGGAGCUUAAGUAUGAGAAAGCAUUUGAAUUGUUUCGUGAUAUGAAAAGAACUGAUGGUUUUAGAGUUGAUUAUAUCACAAUUUCGACCCUUUUAACUGCUUUUUCUGGGAAUUUUGGUUUGACGGAAGGCCGAGCCCUUCAUGCUCAUGCUAUUAGAAUCGGGUUAGAGGGCCAUUUGAGUGUCAACAAUGGGCUUAUUGGGUUCUACACUAAGUGUGGAAGUGUAAAAGAUGUGGAAGUUAUAUUUGAGAGAAUGCCUAUUAGAGAUGUUAUUACAUGGACGGAGAUGAUUGUAGCGUACAUGGAAUUUGGGUUAGUGGAUUCUGCUGUGGAGACAUUUGAUAUGAUGCCUGAGAAGAAUUGUGUUUCUUACAAUGCUCUUCUAGCUGGAUUUUGUAAGAAUGGUAGAGGCAUGAGAGUGAUUGAUUUGUUUGUUAAUAUGGUGGAGGAAGGUUUAGUUUUAACAGAUUUCACUUUGACUAGUGUUAUUAGUGCUUGUGGGUUGCUCGCAGAAGUAAAAUUGAGUGAGCAAAUUCAUGGGUUCCUUUUGAAGUUCGGUUUUAGUUCAAAUGCUUGCAUUGAAUCAGCAUUGCUUGAUAUGUUGACAAGGUGUGGGAGGAUGGCAGAUGCUGAUAAGAUGUUCCACCAGUGGCCAUCAGACCAGGGAAACUCUAUAAAUUGGACAUCAAUGCUAUGUGGGUAUGCUCGAAAUGGGCAGCCGGAAAAUGCAAUUUUUCUUUUCCACCGUGGCCAAUCAGAAGGACUAAUGGUUAUGGAUGAAGUUGCAAUAACUUCAGUACUUAGUGUAUGUGGAACUUUAGGGUUUCUUGAGAUGGGAAAACAAAUCCACUGUCAUGCUCUUAAGACUGGUUUUUCUUCCGAUGUAGGAGUGGGAAAUUCAAUAACUAGCAUGUAUUUUAAGUGUUGCAACAUGAAUGAUGCCAUUAGGGCUUUUCAUGCAAUGCCCUCACACGAUAUAGUUUCUUGGAAUGGUUUGAUUGCAGGCCAUCUUCUCUACCGACAGGGUGAUGAUGCCUUGAAUGUUUGGUCAAGGAUGGAGAACGCAGGCAUAAAGCCAGAUGCAGUAACUUUUGUUUUGAUUAUUUCAGCUUACAGAUACACUAACUCAAAUUUAGUUGAUAGUUGCCGUAAAUUGUUUCUCUCCAUGAAAACCAUUUAUAACAUUGAGCCCAGUUCAGAGCAUUAUGCAUCCUUAGUUGGUGUCUUGGGAUACUGGGGUUUCCUUGAAGAAGCAGAAGAAAUGGUCAACAAAAUGCCUUUUGAACCAAAGAUUUCAGUUUGGCGAGCUUUGCUUGAUAGUUGUAGAGCCCGCAAGAAUACUACCAUGGGGAAAAGAGUUGCGAAGCAUAUACUUACUAUGGACCCACAAGAUGCCUUUACAUAUGUGCUUAUAUCAAAUUUGUAUUCUGCAUCUGGUAGAUGGCGUAACUCUGAAAUGGUCAGGGAGGAUAUGCGAGAAAAGGGGUUUCAGAAGCAUCCAAGUAAAAGUUGGAUUAUUCAUCAGAACAAGGUGCAUUCAUUCUACACAAGAGACAAGUCCCACCCACAAGAAAAAGAGAUAUAUAGUGGAUUAGAAAUACUAAUCUUAGAAUGCCUCAAAGCUGGGUAUCUACCAGACACAAGCUACGUUCUUCAUGAAGUUGAGGAGUACCAAAAGAAGGAUUUCUUGUUCUAUCAUAGCGCAAAACUAGCAGCAACCUUUGGGCUUCUGACGACCCAGCCCGGAAAACCCAUUCGGAUUUUGAAGAACAUCCUUGUUUGUGGGGAUUGCCAUACGUUCUUGAAAUAUGUCUCAGAUGUUGCUAGAAGAGAGAUAGUUCUCAGGGAUGCUUCGGGAUUUCAUCAUUUUUCAGAUGGACAGUGUUCAUGUAAAGAUUUCUGGUAGUUGAUCAAUUUACUAAUCAUCCAAAGCCAAUCCCCUUCUUUGUACAGGCACAUUAUUGAAGUUUUGACAUUUUCCCCUUAUUUUUGGCAAAUCGAAAAGUUUCAAGCUGUGUAGUGUAUAGCUUAGAUGUGUUUCAAUAAUUAAAUUGUGUAAUUCUUCAUAAUAUUAGUCAAUACAGGUAUUUUGUUGAGGUCUUUCAAGGCUGUUGGGUAAAUUGUCAUUAAUGAAAAUUUUGUUCAAGCCUAUAAACAGAAUGGAGUGAAUGUUAUCAUAGUGUUAGCCUUGGAUCAGAGAAUGCAAAAUAACAAUUACACUUCAGGUGUAAUUUUAAUUGAGUUUAAAUGAUCUAUUAAUUCUAUUUAAGGAUCUCUAACUAGAGAAAUGAGUUCUUCUUA